AGAGGAGAGGAGGGGAGGCCGGGCACGGGCAUAUAUUGGGCAUGAUUGCUGGCCGGGUUGGAGGCCCGGGUGAGAGGGAGACGCCUCAAAAGGCGGCCACGCCAUGGAAAUGGGGUUCUUGUAGCGAGGACAGAGGGAGAUUUGUACGGGUACAAGGAAACCCAUCAUUCCAUUCCAUUGGCAUCCCGUUCCAGCGAGCCGAGCCAGCAAACCAUUGAUCCACGGCCAAGUACAGCACAUCCUACUAGCAAGGCUUUUCGACAAAUCUCUCGGAUUCCAUGCCCGCCUUUGAAACUUUGUCCUCCUCCCCCUCUGCUGCUUCUCUGCGUGACACACAUUGGUGCAGUGCAUGCCAGGCGUACUACGUCUAGAAGAAGCAGCAGCUCCCGCUCUUCAACUCCUACCCACCCAGUCACACCACACAGACAAAAGAAAAGAAAAGAAAAGAACGAAAAUACUACAUACUGGUAGUAAAUACAUUUGGCUGCAACUGCCAUAUAGCAUAUGUCACAUUAACUCCGUGGCCGGGUGCAAUGGCGAGUGAUGCACUGCACUCUGUACGUGGUGAUAUGAUAGUGUAAUGUGGGCACCUAACAUACAUAACGUGGGUUUCCAGAAAAACGAUGAGGGGCUCCGUUGAGGGGCAGACAGGGGAGGGGCAGCGUGUGUUUCUCUUUGCUUCCCUGCUGCUUGAUGGUGCGCCCAUCCGAGGCCGGCACACAGGCCCCCCACCCGGAUUCAAUGGCUUGGCUGCUGCAGAAUAUGGGAAAAGAGGCAGCAAUGCCAGCUGCCAGCCCCAAGUGCUGAGUACUGCUGCUGGCGCAUUUUUUUUCCUUGAUUAGCACCAGCAAGUAAUUAAUCGCCUGGGGCAAAUGGCAAUGGUCCCCCUUGAGUCUGGAAGGAGGAGUACGUACAACUCAAGACAGGGACGGAGCGGAGUGGAGGGAUUCACGGCAAAACUGGCUUGGCUGGGUAGCUGAUAGGCCAGCUGACUGAGUACGUUUUCCCAUGCAUGCUAGCUAGUACUACUAGUAGUACUCCUCUCUCGUGGCGAGGCGAGGCGAAGGCAGAGUGGUGGUCAUCGAGAGAGAAGCGAGCAGAGCAGUCUUGGCAAUGGCGAUGGCCCUCUGCCCAGUCCCCAAUCAUCCUUCCCCCUGACCGCCGGACACCCCAUCAUUGCUUCCUCAUACACCACCACACUCGCCUCCUCUCCGCUCCUCUAUAUAUAGGCUGAUCCUCUGCUCCAGCUCAGCCUCCAUCUCCCAUGCACCACCACCACCACAUUCUGCUCUCACCGUUCCAGCAAACACACACACGCACAAACUUGAGUCGGCGGCAGAACCAGCCAUGAACGGCUUCUACUCGUCCAUCGCCCACGGCCUCGACGCGCUCCACGCCACGCUGGCCUCGUCGCCGGACGCCGCCUUCAUGUCGGCGCCCUUCCUCCAGCAGGCGGCCGCGCUGCUCCGGUCGCUGCACUCGCAGCUCGUCCACCUCGUGCAGCGCCUCCACCUGCCACCAGGGGAGAGCUGGCUCGACGAGUACAUGGACGAGACCUCCCGCCUCUGGGAGGCCUGCCAGGUCGUCAAGGCCGGCGCCUCCGCCCUUGACACCUACUGCGCCUCCGCCGCACGCAUCGACGCCGCCCUCGACGACUGGCUCUGCAACCCCAACCCCCACACCGCCCGCCAGGUGAUGCGUGCGAUCAACGCGCCGCGGCGGCAGGCCGUGGGGCUGGAGCAGGAGAACCGGGCGCUCGCAGAGACCAGGAUCGACCCGGCGUCGCUGCUGCUCGACGACCGGUCGCCGGUGGAGUUCAAGCUCAACGCCUUCAACGGCUUCCGGGGCGUGCUCUACGCGCUGCGCAACGCCAGCUCCUUCCUCCUCAUGCUCCUCGUCUCAGGGACCGUCUCCUGCCUCCCGGACCUCGCCUGCUGCGCGCACCCAUUCCGCACCUCAGGCGCCGGCUACGUCUCCUCCAUGGGGCGGCUGCGCCAGCGCGUCGCCGAGGAGAUGGAGGCGGUCGCCGGCGAGCACUCCGGCUCCGGCGUCAUGAUGUACGAGUUCCGGCAGGCCAGGGCCGGCAUUGAGAGCCUCAAGACAGAGUUCGACAGGGUCGUCGCCAUUGGGUACGGCGACCCUGGCGAGAUCGCCGAGAGGGUGGAGAUCAUCAAAGGAUGGGUCGGGAUGCUGAGGUCAGGGGCGGAGGGCGUCGUCGGCGAGCUGGACGACUUCUUUGAUGAGAUUGUGGAAGGCAGGAAGAUGCUGUCGGACCUGUGCAGCCAUCGCUGAUCCAAGCUCACAAUCUGUACUUCUGCAGCAGCUAGCUGAAAGCCUGAAACAAACGGGGCAUGGUAGAUAGUACAACAAGGCUAACAAAUUAGAACAAAAAAAAAUGUGGGUGUUCUUCUCUCUUGUGGUUGGGUAAUCUAAUCUAGCUGCUCUCUCUAGUCUAGCUAUCAUAGCAGCUAGUGUGUCUAUACAUAUGUCCUGCACUGGAAUAUCAUCAUGCUUGUAUUCUUCCUAAGCAGAGCAGAGCAGCAAGUGGUAGUGGCAGGCAGUUGGUGCUUAGGCCUAUCUAUUUGUCAGAAUCAGAAUCAGAAUAUAUGUCCAGUAAUUUUUAGGGGAUCGAUCUUAGAGGAUGAAUUGGUGAUAUAAUAGUUGAUGGUGAAAGGAAGAAUCUACAUCGGAAAAGGAAAGCAGCUCUUUGCCCUUUUCUCGAACUGGAAAAGUGCUGUGGAGAUGUGGGCAGCUUGUUGGGCAGAGACAAAAAGAGAGUUCUAUAGGGUGCGUUAGAAUGAGCCCUUGUGCUUGUCAUCUUUUGCAACUUCUUUUUGUUCUUUGGCGCUAGGCUAAUCACCUUCCUUAUCAUUGAUCACUCCACUAGCUGCCGCGGCAAUUGGCAGUGUAUAGACUGAUUAUUUUACUCACGAUGGAGAAGAUGAACAAGGCAGGAUUCUCAAUAUGAUCUCCGACAGCGGUCAUCGUUUUGGUUGCACAAUGAUGGGGUGACCUUCUGGAAUCCGAACAUGAUGAUCACCCCGAACUUAAGAGGCAUCGGUUCGAGGAAAAGGAGCAGC